AGGGGGGGAGGCCUGGCUGUAGUGUUAGCGAACUACUGAGGGGAAUGGACAACGUUUAAUGCUAACCUGCAAGACGGUGAGUUUGGUGGACUUCAGCUUUGGCAUGGACUGGUGACCGUAAUACGUUUGUAAUGUCGGCGCGUCUGAGCUUUCACACUGCUGUCGACAAACUGGAGAAACAUAUCCAAGAAAUGGACGACGGCAGCUACAUCGAGUUUGAUGUGCCGGAGUUCAGUAACACUGUUCUGACCCAACUCAAUGAGUUGCGGCUGCAGGGGAAGCUGUGUGACAUCAUUGUUCACAUUCAGGGCCAACCAUUUCGAGCCCACAAGGCCGUGCUGGCAGCAAGUUCACCCUACUUUCGUGACCACUCAGCUCUCAGCACCAUGAGUGGCCUUUCCAUUUCAGUCAUCAAAAGCCCUGAAGUGUUUGAGCAGCUUCUUGCUUUUUGCUACACAGGUCACAUGUCCCUGCAACUCAAGGAUAUUAUCAGUUUCCUCACUGCUGCCAGCUUUCUACAAAUGCAGGCAAUCAUUGAUAAGUGCACCCAAAUCCUGGAAAGCAUCCAUUCCAAGAUCAGCCUCCCAGUUAGUGUCUGCAGCCCAGAGAAGGACAGCUUGCAGACCAGCCGCAAUGGAGUCAAUGACAGCAACCUCUUUAUAAACCCUACCCAGAUCUCCCCCCCUUACUACUCCCGGCAAAACCAGGCAGGCCAUGAAGCACGUUUAGAGCUGGCAGGAAAAGCCCUGGGCCGGGCGCGACAGCAACAGGAGGAAGGCCAGUCGGACCGUGGCAGUAGUGACAGUGUGUCAGAGCAUGAUGCCCCCAUAGAGGGAGAAACGGAGCAAGUGGAACUGAUUGGCAAAGAUGGGCAAGUAACAGAUGUGCAUGUGAAGAUAGAAAAGACCGACCGACCCACUUACUCAGAUAGCUCCUCAGCUGGUGAUGAUGGCUACCACACAGAGUUGGUAGAUGGAGAGCAGGUAUUGGCUGUUAGUGUGGGUUCUUACGGUCCAGUUAUCCAGUCUGCUACCUAUUCUUACUCAGGGCUGUCCUCCCCGUGCUUUGUCAACCUUAGCAGCUCCAGUCCUUCUCGCUCCAUGUUAAGUGGCUUCAGAGGUGGUCGAGCCAGGGCAAAGCGCCCACUAGCCAUCCCGGCAGGGGUGCUGAGUCAUAUCAAACCAGGCUCAGAAGAUGGCGAGUCAGUUGUGGGACCCACAGGGCUGGAGAAUGAUGUGCGAGAGCGUAGCCUGCGGAGCCAGUGGUACCCCUACAAUGAGAGACUCAUUUGCAUCUACUGUGGAAAGACCUUCAAUCAGAAAGGGAGCCUGGACCGCCACAUGCGCCUGCACAUGGGAAUCACCCCAUUUGUUUGUAAAUUUUGUGGCAAGAAGUACACAAGGAAAGACCAGCUGGAGUACCACAUCCGUGGCCACACGGACAACAAGCCCUUCCACUGUCAGAUCUGUGGCAAAUGCUUCCCAUUUCAGGGCACCCUUAACCAGCACCUGAGGAAGAAGCACAUGGGAGCAUCAGAGGGCAACAAUCACAUGGACUCUCCAGAGAGGACGGAAGCAAGCUCAGGUCAGAAGGACCAAGAGGAUACGUCUGAGGGCAUGGCCUUUGAGGCACAAUAUGCAGAAGAGGCACCAGCCAAUGAUAUGGAGGAGAGUUCAAAAUGCAGUCCAGAGGAGGCUCAAGCAUCGAGAUGUGAUUUUUAGGUCCUGCUUCAGGUUAAGGAAGCUUUAAGAAAUGUUUAUUUCAACUCAUUUUAAAGGACUCUCUUCUUUUUGAAUUAGCUCCCUCUACUAAGUACAUUUCUUGUGUCAAGGGUUUCUGUCAAUUUUGUGAAAGUUAAAUGCUAAAUGCAGAAAGAAAAUGGGUGCUUUAUAGAAAUUUGAUUCUUUCGAGCAAAGGGAGUAACAACUUACUAUUUUUGAGAGGGUCCCAAUAAUCAAGACCCCCUUAUUGAUUUCUCUUUUUAUCUUUCCAUGUUUUUUAAAACAUAUUUACAGAGUUAUAUAGGCAUGUUGCAAUAAUUGAUAAUGUGAAAGCUCUGAUAAGAUGCUUGUCAUAUCACCUUUUUACCUGACCUGUUUUUGCACAUGUGGCCACAGGAGGUCACUUACUCACAAGGAAUGAUUUUUCUGCCAGUGCAAAGCUUCGUGUGACAUAUCCGUUCAAUACCUCAUGAUGCAACUACAUACUCAUAACAGACAGUAUUUUAACUUAAAUGAAACUCACCAGGUUCUACCUCAUAGCCAAGAACCUACCAGGCACAGAUGUGUUCACCGUUUAUAAUCCGUUUUAGGUUAUAUGUACAGUAUCUUAUUGCCAAACCCUGUAAAGAAUAUUCUUUCAACACAAAGCCUUGAUACUUAGGGGAAAUAUUCCUUGCUGAUUGUAUGGACUAGGGACAAAGUCCUUGUCAAAUGUUUCGUGGUCAGCCAGGCUAAAAUGAUGAUUAAGAAGGUGCUAUGUUAGGAGUGCAUUAAAUUUGCUCGCUUACUUGUGUGCUUUUGGCAGUUGUGGAGAAUAGAGUAAGAGAAUGGCCCUGUUAUUUUUCAAGAUACAAUUUUGCUGUCUUGUAAUAUUUGUUCAACAAAACACUUCAGGAUUUUUUUCCCUCAUCACUACUGGAGAUCUCACUCUGUUGGCCUAGGCAUGGUUUUAGAUGCUGCCAUCCAUGUAAUGGGUGAAUUACGUCCAUACAGUGAAGUCAUUUGUAUUCCUCUAUACUCUCAUGGCAGAUUUAUACAGAAUUAUUGUAUAUGUACUUGUUUUGUCCUAAGGUAGGCUUCCAAUUCAAUACUCAGUGUCUAAGUGAGACAGGAGUACUCAUUGUCAACUCAGCACAGCAGGAACAGCUCUGGAUCUGUUCACAUAAAUCACUAUAGUAUACUAGUCUGAACAAUAUGCAAACAGAAAGAACAAAGGAAUCUCAGCCAUUGUGACAUGGUUUUUCUUCCAUUAUUUGAAAGAGCUAUUGGUUUCUUUCCGUUUUUUUCCGUCUUGUCCUACCUUUUCUGAUGGGACAGUUGAUCUGUGAUUAUUGUUUUCUGCAUUGUUUGGGGUCAAAUGCAGACUCGGAACAUGUUUUCCUCAUAUAUCAGUCCUAUUUUAUGGCAUUGUCAUAGAUGGGACAUAGCUAGAUUACAGUUAAGAGGUAAAUGUUUUAUUAGGUGGCUGGUGAUCCAAAGUAUUGAUGCACUUUGCAGAGUUAGUGGGUGGGCUGGAUGUUAUCCCAGCGAUAAAAUGUGCUAAUUUCUGUCUUAAUUCUGAUGCAGCAGCGGCAGUAUCAGAGUAGUACUUGCUUCACAGCAGUGAUUUUUUCUCUGAGUUAAAAAAAAAUUGUUGUGAACUUUGAUGAAACUCUGCAAUCACAUGAAUACUAUUGGCUUCAAGUUAUGCAUAUGGCAACACUGCAUUUUAUCUAUACUAUUUGAAUAUGGGGUGAGGGAUGGGGAGUUGUUAGCUUAUAGAGACUUGGAUUUAUUUCCAUGGUAAUUUUAAAAUCCAUAUCCACACGGUAAAAGGGCACUUAGAAGGCCUGAUUGAUUAUACUGUCAUAAUUUGCAAAUCUAAACCUCAGCUGGGUGGUUCCUUUUGUGCUAUCCUGCUUUCUUACUUGCCAUCCAGCUGUUUAAUGCCUUUUUUGAAAAGCACCUGCUAUAUGCUUUUAGUUUGUCCCAUCUGGUCCAUGCUGAAUUUGUGUCAAUGAAUUGAUUUCUUUUACAGUUUUCAUAUAAUUUUCUACUUUGUGUGCAUAUGGUGGGAGAAUAUUGCGUUUUGUUGCUUAUGUCUAAUGUUACGUCAAGAGUGCAGUCCUUUUUAUUCCUCUGAAUGUGCAGUUGUCAUCUUUACUCAUUGACAGUUAAGAUAGCAAACCAAAAUUUGGGGAAUUUUUGCAAAAAUCGGUAUAGCUAGCUUUUCGUUAUCUUUUGUGUACGAAUUAAUUACCAACACUUUUAGUCAUCAUCACCAACAGUCUGUCAGCCUGUAAAGUACUUUUAGAUGAAUGUUUUUUGACAAAGUCAAGUUUAUUUCUCUAAGCAGCUGACUUGUGCUGUUUUGUCAGCUGAUCUGACCUCACCAAAAUCAGUUUCUGACUAAUUUGAACCUCACUAUAAUGAUUUUUGCCCUUCAUUUUGAAAAAAAAAAAAAAAAAAGAGGAGGCCACACAUGCCCUCUUGAAAUAUUGUCAGUGAUGUUUUGUGAAUACUGGGUACAAACUCCUAAAAUAAUUUUGUGCCAAGAGACCACACCAAAGACUAAUGGGUGAUUUGUAAAGGUAAAUUCUGACUGUAUUGCGUAAUUGAAUGCUCAUUAAGAAGAAUAGGUUCCUAAUUUAGUGUAGGGCUAGUUUAUUGCUAUUUACAAGGAAUGGAUGUUUCCCAGCUUAUAACAAUCACUUGUGUAAAAUUUGAACAAUUUGCUAAGAAGACAUUAGGUAGCAAAGUCAUUAGCGACAGCAUAUAUUAAGCCAUACAAAAGCUGACCAUUUAAAAGUUGUGCAAUGGGUAUCGUAAUUGUUAAAAGCCAAUGUAAACAAAAGAGAGAAUACUUCACAAAAAGUGGCAUCUUGAACUUAGUGCCUUGCCACAAGCUUUAUAUUUUAGGUUCUGGCACUUAGAUCACUGUGCCUCCUUUCAUUUUAAAAUAAAUUAAAUAGAUUCUAAUAAAAUAUGGCCACAUCAUUUAUUGUAAAGUUGUGCCAAGAAUGAAUAGAAAUUAAUUCACGUCAUUCUUGUCCAUUUUGUAGUAUUCGCAGCUCAAGUCCUGCCCCUAAUUUUUUUUCACUUGUAAUCAUUUGAUUUGUUGUUUUUUGUCACGGGAUGGGCAACUGAUUGUAAGGUGUAACUGAUUUUGUAGCAACUGAUUACAAUCAAAUGAGGCAGACUGGUUCCCUGCAAGCAGUUGCCCCAUAUUCAGAGACUAUACUGUAUCCCUCCUCUCACGAUUGAGGACAAUCUAAGCAAUGUACUGUAGUUUAGGCAUUUCAGUGAAGGAGGGAGAUGCAUGAGAAACACAAAUCUACUUCCUUUUUGUUCUCUUGGAACAACUGGCAGGGAAACAGCUGCCUGGAAUUUUAGCAGAUAAUAAACAGAAUACUUGUGCAGUAGAAAAGCUUACCCUCAAAUACUGUAGCUUAAUUGCACAUUGCUCAACCACAAAAUUGUAUGAAAUUGCCAAUGGAUAAUUUUUUAACUUGAGUUUUCUUGUAUUUGUGUCAUUGAUUGUGCACUUACAGUUUUUUUUUGUUUUGUUUUGUUUUUUUUUGUUUAAAGUAUGUACCAGUUCCAUCCGGGAAGUCUAGUUUAUCUCUGUAGUUACCUGCAAGGGACUCAGCUAUAAUGGCCUCAAUCAGUUUGGUAGGGACCUUUUCCCCUUAAAUGGUGCUUUUAGACUAGUCAGGUUUUUUUGUUUUUUUGUUGUUUUUUUUUUCUCCUCAAAUGAGUAAACAAAGUCCAUGUAUUCAUUAUAGACGAAUGGAGGGAAAAUUGUUUAAAUGCUUUUCAUGAACUAUAGUUACUUAUGUGAUAGUACACACCUACAGAACCAACUGAACUUGAGACACACACACACUUACACUCAAAUCAAUUCUUUGUCAGCUCCUACUUUCACUCCUCUGAGAGGAACAGGAGAUGCAUUUUGGGCCACAAGUAAUCAAAAGGAAGUGUUUACAAGGAAGGCUGUCAGACUACUUUUUGAAAUUGCAGCUCGUCCUAUUCCUUUUAUAAUAAACUCACUUCAGGUAGUUUACGAACACUGAUAAGGCUUAGAAAAAAAUCGUAAGUCUUCCAUAGCAUUUCUGUCAGUUUCUGUCCACUGUGUAUUAUUAAAAAAAAAAAAAAGCAAUAACCUUUUUAAAAGUGUAAGGGGUGUAUUGGGAUCAUGAAGCCUAUUGAAAUAUUGGCCUGUCAUAUAUCAAACAAACUGAAUGUCAGGGAGCUGUUGAAUUGAAGUAGGACCAGGACAAUUUGAUAUUGAUUUUAUUUUUUAUAUGUUUUCUGAAACUUUGGACAGGUUGACUUCCUCUUUAAAAAAAAAUAUAUAUAAAAGUGAAAAAGUGGUGUUGCUUGCUGAUGUUCUAAAAUGCUCAUCGAAAAUCCAGUGGUAGUAAACUGCAACACAAGAACUGAGCGCGUGGUUCAGUCAUCAAACUCAGUGGCACUGUUCAGAGUUGCACCUCCAGCUGAGUCAAAUAAUGAAAGGGAUUUUGGGCUGUAUAGCCACUGUUUUGGGAGCAGGCUAUCUGUUGGCAUGUCGAGGUUCAGUGAUCUCCCGUGGCUCCUCAUGCACCGAGACUGUAGUUGUAGUUGUUCAGGAACAGAGGGGAAGUUUUCAGUCUAGAUAUUGUUCCUUUUCCUUUUUUAACUCCCUAAACUCUGCACUAUGUUGUCUCUGGCUCAUAUGUAUUUGGUGACAAGGCAAAAAAACAACAACAUGAAAACCUUAGAACUCAGGGUAUAUAGUGUUAAAAGUGGUCUCAUUGGACAUACAACCUAUGUCCAUAGUAUAAUUGUGCACUUCUCUUCAGGUGGGGAAACAAGUCCUCAGUCAGUGGUUCCCAAACAUUCUGCCUCAAGGUCUCAAUGAGCCCAUAUUUUAAACCGAGCUGAAGCUUGAGGCGCACCGGAGACCAUGAACUGAACCAUGAUAGCAGAAAUAGUCCCUGCUCCUGUUUUGUCCACUCUACACACAACCUCACAACCCAACUGUGAACCUCAGAACUCUACUGUUUUGUACAACUAUGAAGUAAAUGAAGCUAGCUAGAGCUGAUGUUGUAUCUAUUGCCAUUUAUGAAUUUAUUUUAUAGCAUGAAAUAAAAUAUAUUUAUUCAAAUUAUAUAUUUUACUCAUAAUCAUUCUGUGCUGCUUCAUUUUGGUUCUUAAGCUUGUAAAUUGCUUUUUUAUUAUAUAAAAAAUGUCAAUAGAAUAAUGCGUUUGUAAAAUAAAGACGCUGAUUUGGCUCA